AUGAAGCUGCAAAUCUGGGACACAGCUGGUCAGGAACAUUUUCGAGCAGUAACAAGAUCCUACUUUCGUAAUGCCGCUGGUUGUAUUCUAGUGUAUGAUGUCACAAGGAGGCAGACCUUUGACCAAGUCAGCAUGUGGCUCAAUGAUAUACGAGAACAGGCUCAUGAAGAGAUCAAUAUUUGUCUAGUAGGGAACAAAUCAGACCUGGAAGAUCAGAGACAGGUGCCAUACGAAGAAGCAAAACAGUGGGCUGAUAGCAAUGGAAUAUCUCACUUCCUAGAGACAUCUGCCAAAACUGGAGACAAUGUUUUAGAGGCAUACACAAGCGUGGCACAGUCUAUUCACAGCAAGAUAGUGGGUGGCAGGUACAACCUUCAAGAUAAGGGUCAUGGUGUUAAGGCCAACAAUUCGGGUCUCAUAAAUCUAAAUGUAGAUGCUAGCACGAAACGUAAAGGCGGGUGCUGUUAA